UUUGUGAUGCGAUGCUAUUUGAUCCUCCUACGAGGCUAAAGAAGCUAGGCUGGCAAACAAAAAGAAAAACAAAUGGAAUAAGCCAAUAUCCAAGUCAAAAUACCCAGAAUAAUUGCAACGAAAAAAGAAAGGAAAAAAAGACGUCUUCAAUCAUAUGUCGGGUUCUGGUACAAGUUGAUCCUUUCAAGCUCAUCGAUAAUUCUCCAAACUCAUUCGCCCACCUUUCUUCCUCUAUCUCCAUCUCUCUCUUUCUCUCUCCAGGAAAAUGAGGUGUUAGUUUAUGAGGGUUGAGGUAGAGGAGCCCAGGAAGCUUUGUUGAGUAAUUGGGGAAACAUGUAUAGAUCAAUGCCUACUGAACCCACUAGGGACGGGUCACCAGCUGAUACUGGAGAUUCUGUUGUGACUUUGGAUCAAGUUCCUCGGUGGAGCGAUACUGAGGUUCGUUGGUCUUCAGAACACAAAGGUGAUGACUCGAAUUUUCCUAGUUCUCAUUUCCCUGAUCCUCUUGCAUCAGCUUCUACAUCAGAGAAUGGAAGUAAUGGGAUGGUGUCUAGAUUUCCUGUUGACCAUGAGAUAAACUCGAAGGUUUAUCUAUGGAGGGGAAAUCCUUGGAAUAUUGAAGUAGAUGCUGUUGUUAACUCCACGAACGAGAAUAUGGAUGAAGCACAUAGCAGUCCUGGUUUACAUGCUGCUGCUGGUCCUGGCCUGGCUGAAGAAUGUGCUACACUGGGUGGGUGCAGAACUGGGAUGGCAAAGAUGACAAGUGCUCAUGAGCUUCCAGCUAGGAAGGUUAUUCAUACUGUUGGCCCUAAGUAUGCAGUCAAAUAUCACACUGCCGCAGAGAAUGCUCUUAGCCAUUGCUAUCGGUCAUGCCUUGAGCUGCUUAUAGAAAAUGGGCUUCGAAGCAUAGCAAUGGGUUGUAUUUAUACAGAGUCAAAAAACUAUCCUCGUGAACCUGCAGCACAUGUGGCCAUAAGGACUGUUAGACGAUUUCUCGAGAAACAGAAGGACAAAAUUACUGCCAUAGUGUUUUGCACUACCACAUCAACUGACACUGAGAUAUAUAAAAGACUACUUCCACUCUACUUUCCUCGUGAUAAACAUGAAGAAGAGGUUGCUAUAUCAAAACUUCCUGCUGAUGUUGGGGACGAGAAUGGUGAAACUGUUAUAGAUGAGCGUAAAAUCAGAAUAAAGCCACUUCCAAAUGCUAAGAAAACAGAGCCCAAACCUUCUCAAGUCUCAAAUGACCUUCCUCUAAGUGAAGUUGGAUUGGCUAGAAGGAAUCCCUCCUAUUUGGACACUUAUUUGGAUCCUGCAUUUAUGUCACUAAUUAAGGAUCCAGAUCAAAGACGAAAGGAGCAGUGGGAAAAGGCUGCUCAAGCUCAAAGUGGAUGGAAUUGUGCGAAAAUGCUUGGAUAUGGAAACCUUGGUGGCCCUCCACUAUCUGCUGCUGAAGAAUAUUCUCUCCAUUCAAGAUACCUCGCCAAAGCUAAUUCUACUAAUCUUUCUGAGAUUGCAGAAAUGAAAAUUGUAUAUCGUGGUGGGAUUGACAGUGAAGGACGUCCAGUUAUGGUAGUUGUUGGAGCUCAUUUCUUGUUGCGGUGCCUUGAUCUUGAGCGUUUUAUCAUGUAUGUAGUGAAGGAAUUCGAGCCUAUAGGUCAGAAGCCGUAUUCUAUUGUCUACUUCCACUCUGCUGCCUCUUUACAGCCUCAACCGGACUUAGGGUGGAUGAGAAGAUUACAGCAAAUUCUUGGCCGCAAACACCAACGAAAUCUGCAUGCAAUAUAUAUACUACAUCCAACAUUUGGAUUGAAAGCGGCCAUUUUUGCCUUACAAAUGUUUGUGGAUAAUAUGGUCUGGAAGAAAGUUGUAUAUGUUGAUCGACUACUACAGCUGUUCAGAUAUGUCCCUCGUGAGCAGUUAACCAUCCCUGAUUUUGUAUUCCAGCAUGAUCUGGAAGUGAACGGAGGAAAGGGUCUUAUUGUAGAUCCCAGAACGAAGUAUGUGUAUCAACGCCCUUAAGCUAGAGAUUGGUGGUCUGUGCAGUUAGGGACUGUAUUCUUUAUUUUCUUUUCUCUGGACCAUAAUUUGUUUGAAAUUUUACUAUAAUUUUUUUUUUCUUUUUCUUUUUUGAGAUAGAAUUUAUCAUCAAUCUUGUAUACUAGUUUCACAUCUUUCUCUUUAGCUUUUCUUUCCUCUGCUUGAUUUUUUCUGUUCUAUGUUUAGUAUAGCUAUCCAAGAAAUAUCUUGAUGUAGUAAGAUGCUAAGAAUAAAUUUUCAUUUUAUUCAGUGUAUAUAUUUUUAUCUAAUUGUAAAUUUGUAACAUAGAAAGGUUUUUAACUACUCCGUA